AUGUCUGUUUUCGGGGUAGACUUCGGCAACCUAAACUCCACUGUCGCCAUCACGCGUCAGGGUGGUGUUGACAUCGUGACAAAUGAAGUGAGUAAGCGUGAGACGACCACUAUGGUCUCCUUCGUUGACAACGAGCGCUUCAUUGGCGAGCAGGGUGUCGACCGCUACGUGCGCAACUCGCAGAACACUGUCUUCUUGCUGAAGCGCUUCAUUGGUAUGCGCAUGAAUGACCCUAACCUCAACGCGGAGCGACGGUUCCUGACGUGUGAGAUCAAGGGCGAUGAAACGGGCCGGCUCAUGUUCGGUGUGAACUACUGCGGCAACAUGGCGUACUUCUACCCGGAACAGGUGCUGGCGAUGCUGCUGCAGCGGCUCCGCACGUACGUGAAUGUGGCGGCGACGACAGACCCGCGGAUGCCGGCGGACACCCGUGACUGUGUGCUAACGGUGCCGUGCUACUACACAGCGGAGCAGCGACGUCUCUUGCUACAGGCCUGUGAGAUCGCUGGACUGCACUGCCUGUCGCUCAUCAACGACACCACGGCGGCUGGCAUCGACUACGGCAUCUUCCGUGGUGCGUCGCUGGGCGAAACGGAGGAGGAGGGGCAGGUUGUCGGGAUCCUCGACAUCGGCUACGGCACCACCGUCUUUGCCAUCGCCAAGUUCUGGCGUGGCCACCUCAAGGUGCUCAGCCGCACAUUCGACCGCCAUCUUGGUACGCGCGACAUCGACUACAAGCUCUUCAAGUACAUGGUAGAGGAGGUGAAGAAGAAGUACCAUGUGGAUGUCACCACCAACAAGCGGGCGAGCCUGCGUCUCUUGCAGGCGUGUGAGCGUCUCAAGUAUCUGCUCUCUGGCAACCAGGUGGCGCAGCUGCAAAUCGAGAACCUUAUGGACGUAGACGUCAGCAUCCCCUCGUUCCAGAGGGGUACGAUGGAGGAGCUCGCGGCCGACGUUGGCGAGCGCUUCAAGGCGGUGCUUAAGAGAGGUUUCGAGGAGAGUGGGGUGUCGCCGCAGAAAUUCCACAGCGUUGAGAUGAUUGGCGGUGGCUGCCGUAUUCCUAUGUUCAAGCGAACAGCAGAAGAGAUGUUUGGUCGGACGCCAAACUUCACCCUCAACGCCUCGGAGACGGCCGCCCGUGGUGCUGCCAUCACAGCCGCAGUUUUCUCACCCAAGUUCAGAGUGCGGGAGUUUAUGGUGCACGACCUUCCAACAUACCCGGUCAAGAUCGGGUACUAUAUGGAGAACGCGCAAAGCCCCAGUUCCGUGCCGUUCCUACCGGACGUGAACAAGAUUGUGACGGUUCUGGGUCCGAAGGAUACCUUCCCCAAGGUGCUUGAGAUCACCAUUAAGCGCCCCGGUGGCUUCAAGUUGUACGCCUUCUACGACAACGAGAGCCCAAUGGUGAAGGAGAACAUGCCACUGGGGGAUUACCUCAUUGGAGAGUGGGAGAUCGGCACACCGCACAAGGAUUCCCACCCGACGGAGGUGCGCGUGCGUGUGCGCCUGCACGCCAAUGGUCUCAUCGCUGUGGACUCCGCCGUCUCUGUUGAAAUGUAUGAAGUGGAUGAGCCGGCCGCCGAGGAGGAGGAGGACAAGAAGAAAGGCAAGGAUGAUAACAGCAAGAACGCCUCCGGCGACGCCGCAGCGGGUAAGGAGGCUGCUGGAGAAAAGAAGGCGGUUGAGAAGGUGAUGGUAAAGAAGCAAAAGCAGCGGCGUGUGGAGCUCACCGUCACUCCCCGCCUCGAUGUGGUCGGUCUCCCUGGAGAGACGGUGCUGGAGUUUCAGAAGCGGGAAACGGAAAUGAAUGAGCGCGACAUGUUGCUCACCAAGACACGUGACAGCAAGAAUGAGCUGGAGAGCUACAUCCUCGACUAUCGCCCCCGCAUCGCUGACGGCGGCCUGCUCGCACAGUACGUGACCAAGGAGCAGCAGCAGCAGUUCAUCCAGCUGAGCAAUGAGUAUGAGAACUGGCUCUACGAGGAUGGUUCCGACGCAGAGCUUGGCGCGUACCAGGAUCGUGUCCAAAAGCUUCGACGGAUCGGCGAUGGGGCUAACGCGCGCCGCCUGAACUAUGAGGACGUUGAGUUUGCGCUGACAGCGUUCAAGAAUGACAUGUCCAAGGCGCGGGAGUCGGCGCUGCAAGCUAUUGGCAAGUCGGAGCACAUCACUGAGGAGGAGCUGCGAGCCGCUGCUGCUACAUGUGACGAAGCGCUGGCGUGGGCCGAGGAGGAGUUGGCAAAGUACCUCCAGCAACCCAAGACGGCUGAGCCGAGCUUGACGCGCAAUAUUUUGCAGGCGAAGCUGCACAGCAUCACGGAGGGUGUGCGCACUGUCGUGCAGCGUCCUGCCCCGCCGAAGCCGAAGGAGAAGAAAGAGAAGGAAGCGGCCAGCAGCAACGAAGAGGCGGCGGCAGAUGCAAAAGCGCCGAAGGCUCCGCAGUACUCCAACGAGAACGAGGAGGCGCCAAUGAGCGGUGACCAGCUCGACUAG